UUCUCUUCUCUGUUGCUAUGGACAUUGCAGCUACAACAUCCAGUCACAGGAUAGUCCUCAUCCUCAUUCCCCUAUAUAAAUAACCUGCCUUGGCACCAUUAAAGGACUCAUUUAACUUCUCGCACCAUAACCUUCUCCCAACUAUUACUCUCCUUCACAUUCACAACUUUAAUUAAUUCCCUUCUCUUGAACUAAACCUUUAAGCCGAAUUUUAUAGCUAAUUUCUUAGCGACGUACACUCUCUUCUUAUAUAUACAGCAUCGUCUUUUCUUCAAUUUCAGGCCACAAUGAGUUCACAAAGCAAUAUUGAAGAGGCAGAUGAUGUGGAGACGAAGAGGCAGGAAGAGAAAAAGAAGCAACAGAAAGUUCCAUUCUGGAAGCUAUUUGCUUUUGCUGAUUUUUACGACUGUCUGUUAAUGGGAUUGGGAUCUCUUGGUGCUUGUGUUCAUGGAGCUUCAGUCCCUGUCUUCUUCAUUUUCUUUGGAAAGUUGAUAAAUAUCAUUGGAAUGGCUUAUCUCUUUCCCAAAGAAGCUUCCCACAAAGUAGCCAAGUACUCAUUGGAUUUUGUAUAUCUCAGUGCGGUUAUAUUAUUCGCAUCGUGGAUAGAGGUGGCAUGUUGGAUGCAUACUGGAGAAAGACAGGCAGCGAAGAUGAGAAUGGCGUAUCUGAAAUCAAUGUUAAGUCAAGAUAUAAGUCUAUUCGAUACUGAAGCGUCAACUGGAGAGGUCAUAGCUGCUAUUACAAGUGAUAUUAUUGUUGUGCAAGAUGCCAUUUCUGAGAAGGUUGGAAACUUCAUGCACUAUGUAAGCCGGUUUCUUGGUGGAUUUAUUAUUGGGUUCGUUAGGAUAUGGCAAAUCAGUCUGGUGACGCUAUCUAUAGUCCCUUUAAUUGCACUUGCUGGUGGUAUCUAUGCAUAUAUAACAAUCGGCCUUAUUGCUAAAGUUCGUAAAUCUUAUGUCAAGGCCGGCCAAAUUGCUGAGGAGGUGAUCGGAAAUGUUAGAACAGUACAAGCAUUUGCAGGAGAAGAGAAGGCAGUGAGGUCAUAUGUAGACGCUCUUAGAAAUACGUACCAGUAUGGGAGAAAAGCAGGCCUGGCCAAGGGUCUCGGAUUGGGGACCCUGCACUGUGUCCUUUUCCUUUCAUGGGCAUUGCUUGUUUGGUACACUAGCAUAGUUGUCCACAAGAAUAUCGCCAAUGGUGCUGACUCUUUCACCACUAUGCUCAAUGUUGUCAUUUCUGGCCUGUCACUGGGAAUGGCUGCGCCAGAUGUUUCUUCAUUUCUCCGAGCCACAACAGCAGCCUACCCUAUUUUUGAGAUGAUAGAGAGGAACACAUUGAGUAAUACCAGCAAAAAAUCUAUCAAGAAACUAGAGAAAGUCGAUGGCCACAUUGAAUUCAAAGAUGUAUGUUUUGGGUACCCUUCUCGUCCUGAUGUAACAAUCUUCGACAAAUUCUGCUUAGAUAUCCCUUCUGGGAAGAUUGUAGCUCUUGUAGGAGGAAGUGGGUCUGGAAAGAGCACGGUAAUAUCUUUGAUCGAACGAUUCUAUGAGCCUUUAUUUGGGCAGAUACUGUUAGAUGGGAAUGAUAUUCGGGACCUUGACCUCAAGUGGCUUAGGAAGCAAAUAGGGCUAGUUAAUCAGGAGCCUGCUCUUUUUGCAGCAACUAUUAGAGAGAACAUUCUCUAUGGGAAAGAUGAUGCUACACUUGAGGAGAUUACACGUGCUGCUACACUUUCAGAAGCAAUGUCUUUUAUCAACAACCUCCCAGAUAGAUUUGAAACACAGGUUGGUGAGAGAGGAAUACAGUUAUCAGGUGGGCAAAAGCAAAGGAUUGCAUUAUCACGUGCUAUUGUGAAAAAUCCAUGCAUUCUUUUGCUUGAUGAAGCUACAAGUGCACUGGAUGCUGAAUCUGAGAAAAGUGUGCAAGAGGCUCUUGAUCGUGCGAUGCUCGGAAGAACUACUGUAGUUGUGGCUCAUCGGCUUUCUACAAUAAGGAAUGCUGAUGUCAUUGCGGUAGUUCAGGAAGGGAAGAUAGUAGAAAUCGGGAGCCACGAGGAGCUCAUUUCAAACCCUCAAAGUACCUACGCUUCACUCGUUCAUCUCCAGGAGGCAGCUUCCUCGGGAGGCCAUCCCUCACUCGGUCCUACCUUAGGACCACCACUCAGCAUGAAGUAUUCUCAAGACACAAGAUCAAGCUUUGGAGCAAGUUUUCGUUCUGACAAGGAUUCAAUUAGCCGGGCUGGUGCUGGUGCAUUGGAGCCCAUGAGGACAAAGAAUGUUUCAUUGAAAAGAUUGUAUUCAAUGGUUGGCCCUGAUUGGAUUUACGGUAUAGUUGGAACCAUUGGUGCAUUUGUUGCUGGAUCCCUGAUGCCGCUUUUCGCUCUUGGAGUCACUCAGGCUCUUGUAGCCUUUUACAUGGACUGGGACACGACUCGCCAUGAAGUCAAGAAGAUUGCGAUCCUGUUUUGUUGUGGUGCAGUAAUUAGUGUUAUAUUCUAUGGCAUCGAACAUCUCUCUUUUGGAAUCAUGGGAGAGCGACUCACUCUUCGUGUUAGAGAAAUGAUGUUCUCCGCCAUUUUGAGGAACGAGAUUGGUUGGUUUGAUGAUUUCAACAAUACAAGCUCUAUGCUCACAUCUCGUCUAGAGAGUGAUGCAACUUUGUUACGAACUAUAGUUGUUGAUCGCUCAACCGUUCUCUUGCACAAUGUUGGUUUGGUUGUCACAUCAUUUGUCAUCGCCUUCAUAUUGAACUGGAGGAUCACACUUGUUGUCAUAGCCACGUAUCCACUGAUCAUUAGUGGUCACAUAAGCGAGAAACUCUUCAUGAAGGGCUAUGGUGGCAACUUGAGCAAAGCAUAUCUAAAGGCUAACAUGCUAGCUGGUGAGGCUGUGAGUAACAUUCGCACUGUUGCUGCAUUUUGUGCUGAAGAAAAGAUACUUGACCUUUACGCCCGUGAGCUUGUAGAACCUUCCAAGAACUCAUUCACCCGUGGUCAGAUUGCUGGCAUAUUCUAUGGCAUAUGCCAGUUCUUCAUUUUCUCAUCUUAUGGGCUUGCUUUAUGGUACGGUUCUGUUCUGAUGGAGAAGGAGCUCGCUGGCUUUAAAUCUAUAAUGAAGUCAUUUAUGGUUUUGAUUGUAACAGCAUUAGCCAUGGGUGAAACUCUAGCGUUGGCCCCAGAUCUUCUGAAAGGGAACCAAAUGGCAGCAUCUGUCUUUGAGAUACUGGAUCGCAAGACACAGGUGAUGGGGGAUGUUGGAGAAGAGUUGAAAAAUGUGAAGGGUACAAUAGAGUUGAGAGGUGUCCAAUUUAGCUAUCCUUCAAGACCAGAUACAUUGAUUUUCAUGGACUUUGAUCUAAGAGUGCGUUCAGGCAAGAGCAUGGCUUUGGUGGGACAAAGUGGUUCUGGUAAAAGCUCUGUCCUUUCUCUGAUACUUCGAUUCUACGAUCCAACAGCAGGAAAAGUGAUGAUUGAUGGCAUAGAUAUCAGGAAACUCAAGGUGAAAUCUCUUCGAAAGCACAUAGGCCUAGUCCAACAAGAGCCAGCUCUCUUUGCCACAACGAUCUAUGAAAACAUAUUGUAUGGAAAAGAAGGAGCCUCUGAAACAGAAUUAAUUGAAGCGGCUAAGCUUGCCAAUGCUCAUGGUUUCAUUAGUUCUCUUCCUGAGGGUUACUCGACCAAAGUUGGUGAACGAGGGGUGCAAUUAUCAGGUGGCCAAAAGCAAAGGGUGGCCAUUGCCCGAGCCGUCCUAAAAAAUCCAGAAAUAUUGCUACUUGAUGAAGCCACUAGUGCUCUAGAUGUGGAGUCUGAGCGUAUUGUGCAACAAGCUCUGGACAGAUUGAUGAGGAACCGAACAACAGUCAUGGUGGCACAUAGGCUAUCGACUAUAAAGGAUGCAGACCAAAUAUCAGUUAUACAAGGGGGGAAAAUAAUAGAGCAAGGGACUCAUUCUAGUCUUAUAGAAAACAAAGACGGGUCAUAUUUCAAGUUGUUUCGUCUUCAGCAACAACAAGGACUUGAACAGAAUCAUGACAACAAUGAACAUAUAUAGAUUAUGAUGAACAUUUCUGCAGGAGCUUUCUUCUCAGAUGUAUCGUGUAUGGUUUCGUUUCUUUUCCUUUUCGCCCCACAGGGUAUGUAUUUUCGGGUUUGAUGUGAAUUGCUUUUUUUUCACUAUGUGAAAAUAACAUAAUAUAUAAUAAUAAUAACACAUGAAUGAGCAUGCUGUACACUAGAAAA